AUGUUGAUGGAGGUUUUUGAAACUUUUUCCAAGUCUACACGGCUGAAAAUUAAUCCUGCUAAGUGCAAAGUUUUCUUUGGCCAUGUUGGUGAUGUUAACAAGCAAAGGAUUCAAGAAAUCACUAAUUUUGAUGAAGGUAAGCUCCCUUUUAGGUAUCUUGGCAUACCCCUUACUAGUAAGAAGCUUAAUAUCAACCUUUAUAUGCCUCUGAUUGACAAGAUAAUGGCUAGAAUUAACCACUGGAGCUCUAGACUUUUGUCCAUAGCUGGUAGAACCCAAUUGACCAAUAGUGUCUUGAAAUCACCCAUUGUCUGGAAGAAAGUUUGUUUCCCCAAAAAGCAUGAAGGCCUGAGCAUUAUAGACAUCGGUAAUUGGAACAUUUCUUGUCUUGCUAAGCUACUCUGGAACUUGUGUAAAAAGUAUGAUAGCAUGUGGAUCAAAUGGAUCCACUGCUUCUAUGUCAAAAAUCAAGACAUAUUGACAAUGGACGUGAAAACUAAUUCUUCUUGGAUAAUGAAAGAUAUUCUAAAGGUCAGGCCCACGAUUACUACCUUGUCUGUCUGGAACUCUUUUAUGCAAGUUGGGAACUUUGUCACUAGGAAACUUUAUGCUAUUCUGGCUAACAACCAUCAAAUUGUGAAUCGGAGAAAAGUCUUCUAUAACAACCCUGUUAGGCCUCGUGCAAUGAUUACUCUUUGGAUGGCAUGUGGCUCUAGACUGGCUACAAAAGAUAGGCUCAAAAAUUUUGGCAUGAUCAGGGAUGAUGUAUGUUGCUUCUGUAAUGAAAGGGAAUGUCAAAAUCAUCUCUUUUUUCAAUGCAAAGAAAUGGAACUGGUUUGGCAUAACAUUUUAGAGUGGAUGCAACUUGUCCAUAGGUCGGGUUGUUGGAGUGAUGAGUUGAAUUAG